GGCCGCGCAAUGACCCGCUCCUCCUCCUCCUCCAGCCCACCGCCAGCCGCGUGCCACCUCCAGAUCACAACUGCUGCCACCACCGCCGCAGCCGCAAACUCCUCCGCCAAUCCCUCCUCCCCCGUCGCCCACUCCUCCUCCUCCCGCGUCGCCGGAGCCGCCGCCGGGUCCGGGCAGAACCAGGCCUGCGCGGCCUGCAAGUACCAGCGCCGCAAGUGCAACCCGGACUGCCCGCUCGCCCCUUACUUCCCCGCCGACCAGCAGCGCCGCUUCCUCAACGCGCACCGCCUCUUCGGCGUCGGCCACAUCCAGGCCACGCUCCGGGAGACCCCGCCCGACCUGCACACCGACGCCAUGCGCGCGCUCAUCUUCCAGGCCGAGGCCCGGGCCUACGACCCCGUCGGGGGCUGCUGCCGCAUCAUCCUCGACUACGAGAGGCAGCUCGGCCUCGCGCAGGCCGAGCUCGCCGCGCUCCUACGCCACCUCGAUCUCUGCCGCCACCAGGCCGCCGCCAUGGCCCAGGACGCGCUCGUCAACGACCCAGGGAUGCUGCUGCUUGCCCCGGGGCCCAACCCGGCCGAUGUCCAGGACGGUGUCGCCGCUCUCGACGCGCUCUACGCCGGCCACGAGAUCAGCAAUGGCCAGGCUAACCACCACGAUCACGAUCAUUAUCUGGUCGGCGCCACGGACCAGCUGCAGCCGCAGAAGCACCAGCCUUACGACUACUUCUACUACGACGGGCCGGCGGCCGUCGACGAGAGCAGCAGCCAAGCUUGGAGCAAUGCCGGCAACGUGCAGCAACACUACGGAAAUGGCGUCAAGGCCGAAUCUCCGGUGGCGAUCGACGAUCAGAUCGAGACACAGUUCGUCGACGCUUUCGACGUGAAGCCAGAGAUAGCAGCAUCAUCGUCAGCCGCCGUCAUGGAACACGACGACGGCGGCGGUGGCGCCAGCUUCGACCACCGCCACCUGGAGCAGAAGGCGGUGGCCACCGUGGUGAAAAAUGAACGGCUUGACCACCAGGCGGCGGCGCACAUGGCAGCAGAGUCGUCGUCGCGCUGCCAGCUGGAGCUAGGGUUCUCUUCCUUCUGAUGCAUGGUAGAUUUCAUCCAUCCAUGACCAUGCAAAGGUUGGAACGGCGCGUGGUGGACAUAGACGCCUUUCGGGCGAGGCACAGUUUCUGUUCUUCACCCCAUUUCAACAGGGUUAAGAAAUGCUUCUUCUCUGUUGCAUUUCUCAAUUUAGUCUCCAUGUAGUGUUAGUUAAUUCAGCUAGCUAGCUAAUAAUCCUUAGCUUUAGGUCACAGAUUAGUUACAAUAAUAUUCCUCGCCAUUGGUUAUGCGAGGGAAAUAAUAAUUAGUUAGUACUUGUUGAUAAAAUAUUUGUACUCCAUUUUUCUAGUUAGUAUAUCUAUGAAAGGAAUAGC